UUUAACAGUGACUGUAACCUUCCGCGCACGGCAAGAAGUGCUGAGGCUAGGGCCGCCGCCAUUUUGAAUGUCUGGGUCCCUUCCUUCCUCCGUCGCACAUAGAGAGAAGAUUCCGGUUGUUUUCUGGUGUCGUUACGGCUGAGGAUGCCAGCUCCGAUCAGACUGCGGGAGCUGAUCCGGACCAUCCGGACGGCUCGGACCCAGGCCGAGGAGCGAGAGAUGAUCCAGAAAGAAUGCGCGACCAUCCGAUCGUCCUUCAGAGAAGAAGACAACACUUACCGCUGUAGGAAUGUGGCGAAGCUGCUGUACAUGCACAUGUUGGGUUAUCCGGCACAUUUCGGGCAGCUGGAAUGUCUGAAGCUGAUCGCAUCACAGAAGUUCACCGACAAGAGAAUAGGGUACCUGGGGGCCAUGCUGCUGUUGGACGAGAGGCAGGACGUCCAUUUACUCAUGACAAACUGCAUUAAGAACGAUCUCAAUCACAGUACACAAUAUGUCCAGGGACUGGCCUUGUGCACCCUGGGCUGCAUGGGUUCAUCAGAAAUGUGUCGUGACCUGGCCGGGGAAGUGGAGAAACUACUCAAAACAUCAAAUUCCUACUUGAGGAAAAAGGCGGCCCUGUGUGCGGUGCACGUCAUUCGUAAAGUCCCAGAGUUGAUGGAGAUGUUUCUGCCGGCGACAAAAAACCUGCUGAGUGAGAAGAACCAUGGAGUUCUCCACACGUCUGUCGUUUUACUGACUGAAAUGUGUGAACGGAGUCCCGACAUGCUCACUCACUUCAGAAAGCUGGUUCCUCAACUGGUGCGAAUCCUGAAGAACCUGAUCAUGUCUGGAUAUUCUCCUGAGCAUGAUGUGUCCGGCAUCAGCGAUCCCUUCUUGCAGGUCCGGAUAUUGAGGCUACUGAGAAUCCUGGGAAAGGGUGAUGAUGAUUCUAGUGAAGCUAUGAAUGAUAUUCUUGCACAGGUUGCAACAAACACAGAGACGAGUAAAAAUGUAGGUAACGCAAUCUUGUAUGAAACUGUUCUGACUAUAAUGGACAUCAAAUCAGAGAGUGGAUUACGGGUAUUAGCUAUAAAUAUUCUGGGACGUUUUCUUCUCAACAACGACAAAAACAUCAGAUAUGUGGCCCUGACGUCCUUACUGAAAACCGUGCAGACGGAUCACAACGCGGUUCAAAGGCAUCGGAGUACCAUCGUGGACUGUCUGAAAGACUUGGACGUCUCCAUCAAAAGACGUGCCAUGGAGCUGAGUUUUGCCCUGGUCAACGGAAAUAACAUACGAGGGAUGAUGAAGGAGCUGCUGUAUUUCUUGGACUCGUGCGACCCGGAGUUCAAAGCCGACUGCGCGUCGGGGGUCUUCCUGGCUGCUGAGAAAUAUGCACCGUCCAAAAGAUGGCACAUAGACACCAUAAUGAGGGUGUUAACAACGGCGGGGAGUUAUGUCCGAGAUGACUCCGUCCCGAAUCUCAUUCAGCUCAUCACUAACAGUGUAGAGAUGCACGCUUACACCGUGCAGAGACUCUACAAAGCCCUGCUGGACGACAUAUCACAGCAACCUCUGGUGCAGGUGGCGUCCUGGUGCAUAGGAGAGUACGGAGACCUGCUGGUGUCGGGCCAGUGUGAGGAGGAGGAACCCAUUCAAGUUACAGAAGACGAGGUCUUGGAUGUUUUGGAAGGUCUUCUCGUCUCCAACUUGUCCACCCCUGUGACCCGAGGUUACUCUCUGACUGCCAUCAUGAAGCUGUCCACUCGUUUCAGUGGUGUGAAUCGAAUAAAAAAAGUGGUGUCCAUAUACGGCAGCAGCAUAGACGUGGAAUUACAGCAGAGAGCUGUGGAGUACAAUGCACUUUUCAAGAAAUACGAUCACAUGAGGCCUGCUUUAUUAGAGCGAAUGCCCAUCAUGGAGAAAACGGCCACUAACGGCCCGACUGAGAUUGUACAGACCAAUGGAGAGAUGGAACCUUCUGUGUUGGACACGAAGCACCCGCCCAGCAUCGCUCAGACAAAUCAGGCAAACGAUUUGUUGGAUCUCCUCGGAGGUAACGAUGUCCCAGUGAUCCAAACAGCUCUGCCCACUAAACCCGCCUCAGCUGGUGGAGAGCUGCUCGACCUGCUCGGGGAUCUCUCUCUCUCUGGUGGUCCGACCCCUGCCCCUGCUCCUUCUGUGCCCAUAUCCCAGCCACCGUUCCUCCUGGAUGGUCUCUCCUCGCAGCCGCUCUUCAACGACACUGCAGCAGCUAUUCCCCCGAUGACCGCAUACAACAAGAACGGCUUGAAAAUCGAGUUCACCUUCGAGAGGUCCAACUUGAACCCUAACAUUUCAGUCAUCACCAUCCACGCCUCCAACUCCACCGAGGCAGACAUGGCCGACUUUGUGUUCCAGGCUGCAGUACCAAAGACAUUCCAGCUGCAGCUCCUCUCCCCCAGCAGUAAUAUUAUCCCAGCACUCAACCAGGGAAGCGUCACACAAGUCAUCAGGGUUCUUAACCCACAGAAGCAACAGCUGCGAAUGCGCAUCAAGCUGACGUACAGCUGCAAAGGCUCUCCCUUUCAAGACAUGGCCGAGGUCAACAACUUUCCCCCUCAGUCCUGGCAGUGAUCGUGCUGUUCAUUCGAUCUGUAACACCCGUCACACACACACACACACACACACACACACACGUGCGCGUGCACACACACACAUACACACCAACGAACCAUGGGAACUGUGAGCUACGGAGCGGCCCUUCCUCAUCCCUUACUGACCCCCUGUGACAUAAAUGCACAUCGCUGCCCUGGGGUUGCAUGGGAAACGGAGGAAUAAUCCCAACACACACACACACAUAUAUACACACAUGAUGGCGUGAAAACCAUAAUUAUGAUGACAAUGAUGAACCCUUUCCCUUUUUGUUUUGUUUGUCUGGCUGUUUUGUUUUUCUGCUUCAAAAUUAGCACAUCACUUCUUUGACCGGCUCACACACAAGUACUUGGUUUAGUACGUACACACACACUAAGCUGGCCCUGACCCUUGUCUGUACAUGGAAUAUACCACUCUAUAGUCACUCUGGAGAGGAGCUUGUUGGAAUGAGCGUUUGAUUAUUUUCUUGAUUUUCAUGUUUUUAAUCUUAGGCUUAAUUUUUUAAAUGAAAGAUUAACAAAAGAAAAAGAUUAACGUAAAGCUUUAAGCACCUUUUUUUUGGAUUCACGCUGGCAUUUCAGAGUCGGUUUAUAUAAAUAACAGAGGCAUUUCAGAAAAAGAAGAGCAAGUCGUCAGCUUUACCACUCAUCCAUAGCACAAAAGCUCGGGUGAUUUAAUGGCGCACGCUUAACGAACGUUCUCCGUAAAAGUUUUCCUUUGCCGUUCGCUAUACUCCUGUUACCAUUACACUCUGCACACAUUUGUUCGAACUGUGCUAUAUUUUAAUAAAUCAGAUCGGUAAGGUUCGAGUCUGAGAUCAGGUGAAAUCAGGGAGGAUGGGCGUGUUUACCCUGCGUUCACACACGGAGUGACGUCAGCAAGCCACUUUACGGAGGUCUAUGCAAAUUAGAAACGGCUCGUUUGCUGAAGCAGCUAAUUCGACUGACUUGUGUCGUUCCUCGUGCACGAGGUUCCGUGUUUCUUCAUUUUUCUACUUUAGUAGGUUUUGUCAAUUAAGUUUCAUCUUAUCUUGUCGUAAACAUCCUCUCACGUAAGGAGGAAGGAAGUAGCGGAGAUCGUCCGAGCCUCUGUCGAGUGUACGUAGGGAGUGCUAGCUUUGCUAAUCUAAACUGACAGCAUAGCUAGCAUGAAGCUGAGCACAUAAUUAAAAAACUUAGCUAGCUUUGAGGUGUUUUCUAUAGCUACUACCAAUUCUCAGCACUGAUGAGGCCACGCCCACAAACGGAAGACACGCCCCACUGUUCUCCUGUUAGUGUGAACGUAGGUUUGUUUAGACAGCGUUCGCAAUAGAUGCUCUUUUUUUUCCCCUCAAAAAGUCCCCGCGUCUCCUUUACCGUCUCAGCACCGACGUACUGACCGGCGUCGUCGCUGACCGAAAGCAGCCUUUAGUUAAAGAUCAGUGCAAUACGGAGACCAGUGGAAAUUUUUUUUUUUACACUGUAUAUGUGGUCCAUUGUGAAUGUAGUUCGAUGCACUGAAUUUUGUUUUGUUUAUUUUUUGGAAGGUGAUUUUUUUUUUUGAAGUAGAGGGGGAGAAUAACAAAAAAAUACCCCCACCCCCGCGCCGCCUGACUUUAAAGCAUCGUGCCUUUUUUUGCUAUAACAGUUAAAGCCGAACCGAUCGAUUGGCUGCUUUCUGAAUUCGGAGAAACCUUUUAUUUCUUUUCCUGGCGGUUUAUCCAGGAUGUGACGUAGGGUGUGUAAGGGUCUGUGUGUGGUGUGAGGUUCGAGGUGUGAACACCCCCCCCCCCUUGACUCUUUGGUUCAGAAGAACAUUGGAAGCAGUAACUCAAAUACCUCGUGUUUAUCCUGCUUUUCUUUUUCUUUCCUUUUGGAAAAGCGUUGAGAUUUAUAUCGAGAGAUCUCCGAGGGGUGGAAUAAAAACAAAAAAAAUCUCACACACGGAUCGAUCGACCAGAGUGAUUUUUACAAACCCACAAAUUCGUCUUUUAGUUCGGUGACCAAAUCAGAGCUGUAACUUGUGUGUUUGUUUGAGAGAGAAAAGAAACGGAAAAGAAGUACUAGUCUGCAUUGUUACUUGAUUAUUAUUUUGAUGUCUUGGGGCUUUUUUCUGUACAUAUUGAGGGCUUUUAAGAUGCAUCUAUACCUUUUCACCCUUUGUUUUUGUUUUUUUUUUCUUUUUAAACAUAUUGACCCUUUUCUAAUCGAAAAAAAAAUCCUACACAGUAAUCAGUCUAAUUUAAUAACUUCCCUGUUUUUGAUUGUUUAUUCAGAUGAAAAAAAAUGAUGUAUUAUCUGCUGCCUGUAUAUUGUAUAUAACUGUAAAAGAUGAUGGGAGAAAAGGAAAAAAAAUGACAAAAAUAAACAAUAAACUCCAGUUUGAAGACCA